UAACUACAAAUUCACCAAGAAGUACUAGGAGAGAUAUUGAAAAUUGAAGAACAUCUAAAUUAUUCUGUUUUAUUGUACUGCAUGUGUUCAUGGAGUGAAAGACAUUGCAGCAGUUGAAGUAUUUCAGCAUUACAUCUUUUGGAUGAUUACCUGAAUGCAUGGAAAAAUGAAAAAGUGGAUUUAUUUGGGUUUCUGUAAUCGGAGGAGGCUUUCCACCCUUCUUCUGAUCCUUACAUUAGUGGUCAUCGUGCUGAUCGCAGUCUGCGUAUUCUUUACACAAAAAGGAGCUAAUCAAAAUGAAAAACAAGAUCAACCUGACGAAACAUGGAGGAAACCACAGACAGCAGACAACCAUAAAGAAAAGAGUCUAUCAAGCAUAAACAUGACAAAUGAAUCGUCAGACAUUUUACAAAUUAGGACAGCAUUAAAUGAUACUGACCAGCAGUAUAUAACUGAAUUACUAGAUUUUCAGCAAAUGAGCAGCACGUCUACUGAGUCUGAUACAAAUAGGACAACUUUGCCUUCAACAAAAUCAGUCCCUACUGACUCUGAAGCCGUCCCUACUGACUUAACUCAUAUAACGAAAUCAGAAAGCAGUAUAGCUACAAGAAUUCCUUCUGUAAAGACCAAUUUCAUCAAAGAAACUCAAGCACGAGAAAAUACAAAAUUACUAACAACUAAGAACACAACACCGCUUCCAGCAACAAGCAACGAAAAAACAACAAAGCGACAAACUAUGUUGACUAUAAAAGUAAAACCCACAGCAACAACUCAAUUAAGAGUUUUGACCUCGACGCUCACCACAAAUGGAGUUACAAGGCCUUCCAGCACUGAUAUUUCUGCAAAACCCAUCACCUCAUCCACAAAUGAAGAGGUCUCCACAAAUUCACAAUCUACAUUCGCUUCUCACUCCACUCAAGCAUCUACUGAACACACAAGUUCAACUUCAUUACUGAGUUCCAGCAACACUCAGCUUCCAUCAACCAGCCAGGAAACCUCUGCAACGAUGAUGUCCUCAUCCACAGAACCACAAUCUACAUUGUCACCCACAGAAAUGACUGAAUUAACAGCCUCAACCUCAACACUCACCACAAAUGGAGUCACAAAACCUUCUAGCACUAAUCAUUCUAAGUCUCCACAAAUCAUCUACUGA